AUGUCGAUGGAUCUGGAUGCCCCGGUGUCCAUGCAACCGGUCGAGUUCCAUCCUCAACAGCAAGCUGCAACGAUCCUCUGCUGCAACUGCGGCGCCCCUAUAGAUGGAACAACUGCCGCUGGCGCACUAUGUGAAGAUUGCGUUAAACUUACGAUCGACAUUUCAGAAGGCGUUCAGCGUGAAGCAACCCUGCAUUGCUGCAAAGAUUGUGAGCGCUGGCUGCAACCUCCGGCCCAGUGGAUUAGCGCAGCCCUAGAGUCUCGCGAGCUACUUGCGCUGUGCCUGCGAAAGCUCAGGGGUCUUGCGAAGGUCCGCAUCAUAGAUGCUGGAUUUAUUUGGACCGAACCACACUCGAAACGACUUAAGGUGAAAAUUACCAUUCAACAGGAAGCAUUCCAAGGCACAAUACUACAGCAAGCGUUCGAAGUCGAAUAUGUCGUUGCUUCCCAGCAAUGCCCCGAAUGUGCCAAAUCAUACACCGUCAAUACAUGGCGAGCAUCUGUCCAAGUCAGGCAAAAAGUUCCUCAUAAGCGCACUUUUCUCUACCUCGAACAGCUCAUCCUUAAGCAUGGAGCUCACAAGGAUACGAUAAAUAUAAAGGAAGUGAAGGACGGAUUGGACUUCUACUUUUCCGCUAGGAAUCAUGCAGAAAAGAUGGUUGAUUUUUUAGCAUCCGUCGCUCCGAUAAGAGUGAAGAAGUCGCAGCAAUUGAUUUCCAUGGAUGUCCAUACCUCUUCAAAGUCCUAUAAGAUUACAUUCUCUGCCGAACUAAUACCAAUAUGCAAGGACGAUCUUGUUGCACUGCCUAUAAAGCUUGCUCGAUCUCUUGGGAAUAUAUCCCCACUCACUCUUUGCUACAGAGUUGGCACAUCUAUCAAUGUGCUUGACCCUGCAACACUUCAGACAGCGGAUAUUCCUUCUGCCAUUUACUGGAGGUCCCCGUUUGCAAACCUGGCGGAUAUCCAAGAGCUCGUCGAGUAUGUUGUCAUGGAUAUAGAAGCAAUUGGCCAAUCCAGCGGCCGGUACCACCUUGCCGAAGCAACUGUCGCUAGAUCUUCUGAUUUGGGAGUGAAUGACACAACUUACUUUGCUCGAACACAUCUGGGCGGUAUUCUCCAUCCUGGAGAUACCGUCAUGGGCUACCACCUGACUGGAACCAACUUUAACAACGCCAAUUUCGAAGAGAUAGAAGCCAGCCAUACAUACGGCUCAACAAUUCCUGAUGUUAUAUUAGUCAAGAAGCAUUACCCAAGGAAGAGGAAGAACAAGAAGCGCAACUGGCGCCUCAAGCGCUUGGAUAGAGAAGAGGAAGAUGAACGACCUUCGAAGAAACAGAACAACAACAACAGACUGGAAGAUGACUUUGAAAUGUUCUUGCGCGAUGUUGAAGAGGAUGCUGAGCUACGCAGCACAUUGGCAUUAUAUAAAGCAAAACAUAACCAGAAACCGAAGAACGUGGAAGCCGAUGCUAUGGAAAUGGUAGAAGAGGAGGAGGAGGAGGAAGAUGAUGAUGAGGUUCCUGAGAUCAAUGUGGACGAACUAUUAGAAGAUUUCGAAGAGCUGCACGUAGACGAGUAA